AUGCCCGGCUGUCCUUCUCCUUCAAACAUUAAGUCCCCCUUUCACUUUUCUGGAUGUUUCACGCUGCCUAGCCUUGUGCAUCCCGUUGGAGCAGAUAAUUUGCGCCUUUUCUUCUGUGCGAAGGAUCUCAGGUACACCUACUUGGGAUUUGGCUUAUCUGCCUCGGCCCCCGCGCUUUUGGACUUCGUGAUCCUCGUGCCCGUUACCAAUCAAGGGUGGACCCCACUUCGCUCUGUUCCCGUGGGCCGUGGACCCGACCCUCCCUUACUUGGACUGUCCUGCUGGACCAUCCAGCUGGGUGGAUCACCAAUCUCGUGCGGGCCUGGGGUCUGCGUGCUAGGCGCGCCCCUUCUUCGUUCCUCCGCCGCGGAUCACCUGGGCUGGGGGCCCCUUCCUCCUCCACCUGGCCCUGACGCCGCAGACCACCUGGGCCGUGGGCCCCCUCCUCUCUCACUCGGCCCUAUCGCAGCGGAUCAUCAGCGCGGGGGCCCCCGUCCUCCUCCACCUGGCCCUGACGCCGCGGAUCACCUGGGCUGGGGGCCCCUUCCUCCUCCACCUGGCCCUGACACCGCAGAUCACCUAGGCCAUGGGCCCCCUCCUCUCUCACCCGGCCCUGUCGCCGCGGAUCAUCAGGGCCGUGGGCGCCUUCCCCUUCCGCCUGGCCCUUCCGUCGCGGACCCCACCCCGAUGCCGGAACCUACUCCGGACUCUCCCCUUGAUGCAACUGUUCCCGGAAGCCCGCCGCUGCCUGCGCGGUCCGCUCCUGCUCCCUCACCUCCUCGGCAGGACUCUACUCAUGCCUUUCCCCUCCACGCACCGCCCCCGACCGACCAGACCGCCCCCCCUGCCUUCACCCGGGAGCCUUCACGUUCGAGUGCACGCUUACGCAACCAGGCGGCGUCGACAGCCCUUCGUCGUGCGAUGCUCAGGAAGGCAAGUCUGUCCGAGGGAGCGUCAUGCCCGGGUAACACGACCCACGAGUGGUCACGCGCCAUACUGAAAGCAAAGAGCCGACGCUAUGGGGUGGCACUUUCUGACGACGAAGCAGUGGAACUCCGCAAGUUCCUGCUUGCCGAGGCCUAG